AUGGCAUCUCUUUCUCCUCAAGCGGUAACAGCCCUCAAAGAGAGGGUAGAUGCAGCAUGCGCAGACCAGGAAAAGGGUAUCCCAGGUGCAGUGGUGGUAGUCGUCGGCAAGGACGGCAAGGAGCACUUUGCGCAUGCGAGUGGAAAGCGUGGAUAUGGCUCUGAAGAGCCGAUGACGCUCGACAGACACAUCUACGAUAUGCUGCAGCCAUUGAUUCAUCAGUCUGGGGAGAAAUGGGAAUAUGGGGUCAACAUCGACUGGGCAGGGAUCAUGGUGGAGCGAGUCACCGGGCUCCCGUUGAACGACUAUUUCCACCGCAACAUCUUUAAGCCCCUCGGGCUGAAUAACAUUUCAAUGUUUGCACCGGCGUCAAUGAAAGAGAAGCUAAUCCACAUGAAUCAGAGAGACCCUCAAGGCCAUAUCUCCGGCCGAGAGCACCUGUUUCGGCGGCCUCUGACUGUGCAGACCUCUGAGGACAUCAAGACCUGCUUCAAUAGUGGUGGAGCGGGUUGUUUUGCUAAACCACAGGAGUACUGUCAUAGGCUGCUACUGGCAGAAAUCCUUGCUACACUCCUAAACGACGGCACCUCACCCAUCACCGGCAAGCGAAUCCUCGAUAAAGCGACUGUCGAGGAGAUGUUCCGCAACCAGAUUCCCAAUCUUCCCAAUUUCGCGGCACAAGGAAUCCCACCUUCGAAGCCUGAUCUCACUAACGCAAUAGCUCAUCUGUACCCAUCGCCGACACCUCAGGGGUGGGGACUCCCAUUUAUGCUGACCGGAGGACCAACGGGACGGUCUGAAGGGACGGCGCACUGGGCAGGACUGGCAAAUCUGUGGUGGUGGUGCGAUAGGGAGAAAGGGGUCACAGGGAUGGUCUGUACUCAGCUCUUGCCCUUUGCCGAUCCUCAGGUUUGGAGUCUCUGGCUGGAUGUGGAGUCUGCCGUCUACCGUGACCUGGUUCAGGAUUAG